CCAUGAGCAGGCACACGUGGUUCCCUUUGCAGUACAUCUCCAAGCCCUUCUGGAGAGCGGAGAAUCACAACACGACCAACUUCUUCUCUGCACUGUAUGGCUUCCCUAACCAAUCCUUCUUCCACAGUGGUUUGGACCUGGAGGACCUGGGGGACUUUGACAGCGGGACCAAGUAUGAGGGCGAGUCCCAGAGCCGGACGGUGAAGGCGCUGCUAAUAGUAGCCUACUCUGUGAUCAUCUGCAUCUCGCUCUUCGGCAACAUCCUGGUGUGCCAUGUGGUGAUCAAGAACAAAAGGAUGCACUCCGCCACCAGUCUCUUCAUCGUCAACCUGGCCAUUGCCGAUAUGAUGAUCACCAUUUUGAACACCCCCUUCACGCUGGUGCGGUUUGUAAGCAGUACCUGGGUUUUUGGAAAGCUGAUGUGUCAUAUAAGCCGGUUUGUUCAGUACUGCUCCGUUCAUGUGUCUGUGCUGACCCUUGCUGCCAUCGCUCUGGAUCGGCAUCAGGUUAUCAUGCACCCUCUCAAGCCACGCAUGUCCAUGGUGAAAGGAGGGAUUUGCAUCAUUAUCAUCUGGGUUAUGGCCAGCUGCUUCUCAUUGCCUCAUGCCAUUUAUCAGACUUUGACAAGAUUUUAUAUUGGAAACAGAACAAUACGAAUGGUCUGCCUCCCCAGCUUCCCUCCUCCUGCUGAUCUUUUCUGGAAGUAUUUGGACUUGACUACUUUUGUUCUCUUGUAUGUCCUGCCUUUGCUUGUGAUCUCCAUCACAUAUACCAUGGUGGCCAAGAAGCUCUGGCUGAGAAAUGCCAUCGGGGACCUCACCAUGGAGCAAUACUAUGCCCAUCAACGGAAAAAGAAGAUGACACUGAAGAUGUUGAUGGUGGUGGUGAUUGUGUUUGCAGUCUGCUGGUUCCCCCUGAACUGCUAUGUGGUGUUGAUCUCCUGUAGGGCCAUCCACAGUAGCAAUGCUCUGUACUUUGCUUUUCACUGGUUUGCCAUGAGCAGCACUUGCUACAAUCCCUUCAUUUACUGUUGGCUGAAUGAGAACUUCAGAUCUGAGUUGAAGUCCUUGCUGUGUGUGUGCCGGCAAAGGAGUGCAGCCCAGAGUCACGCUCUGCAGUCCAUCUCCCCCGCUUUCAGGCACGCCUGGGUUGAGAACUGCCAUUAUAAAAGAGGCAGCCCCUGCCAGAAGGCAAGGGCAUCUUCCCAGAGGAACUCUGCGAAGACAGACAUAUCCAGUGUUCAGCCAAUUGUGGCAGAAAGCUAAACCCUUCAUCUGAUGGCCAGGCAGCAU